AUGAUGAUGCCACAGUCUGUUUCUGUCUCCCUCUGCGUGUCUGUGUUUGUGUGUAUGAAGAAAUCAGCUGCAUCCAUCUCUAGUGCUGACUGUGGCGUCACCAAAGUGUGCUUCAGUCAGCCUUCAAACUGUGACCCAGCAGUCAGUUCUAGCUGUUAUUUCAUGUCAGCCAAGAUGUUACCUGGUGAUACAGCUGUCCGCUAUCAGAUGACUGGUCCUUAUGAAGGCUACAUCGCUUUUGGAUUCUCUGAUGAUCAAAGAAUGGGAAAUGAUGAUAUUUAUGUUUGUGGCAUGAAUAGUAGUGGACAAGUUGGGGUGCAACAUAUGUAUUCAACAGGACGAACAACUCCACAAGCACGUCCUCUGGGGAACGUUUAUAAUGUAACAACGUCAUUGCAGAACAAUGUCAUCAGCUGUUCCUUCACUACUACGAACAUAAUUUCUAUUCAGGGGACUUCAGGUUUCAACCAGUCCUACUACCUGUUGUUUGCCCAUGGACCCAGCAGCAAUGGACAAAUCCAAAAACAUACAGGUGACUUUGUCAGCACUAACAAGAUGGACAUUUCUACUCCUGUGGUUGUCAGUCAAGAUGCACAUCCUGAUAUCGUCAAAGCUCAUGGUGCACUGAUGCUGAUUGCCUGGAUGACCACGGGAACAUUGGGAAUGAUGGUUGCCCGAUAUCUGAAAAAAAUGGCCAAAGGAACGAGAAUGUGCAACAAAGAUCUCUGGUUUGUGGUCCAUGUUGGGGUAAUGUGUCUGACGGUAGCAGCCACAAUCAUUGCUUUUAUUCUCGCUUUUUCGCAUGCUAAGGACUGGUCUGGGGGAGCACAUCCGGUGUUGGGCUGCCUGGUGAUGAUCCUCUCCUUCUUCCAGCCUAUUGGGGCUUUGCUGCGCUGUGGACCACAACAUCACCUGCGGUAUCUGUUCAACUCAUCACAUUUUUUGAAUGCAGUGAUAAUAAAAUCUUUAGCCGUGGCAGCCAUAUUCACAGGCCUGGGCAGGAUUGACAGCAGUGAUGGGUGGCUAAUGAAAGUGAUGGGUGGCUUUCUUGCCUGGGAAGCUCUCUUUAUUAUCAUGUUGGAAGUCCAUGAUUCGAAAUUUAAGCAUACAGAUAGCACUGUAGAUCUGGAAUUUGCAAUAGUAAAAGUUGAUGGCCUGCUGAUCGGUCUAUUCUUUCUGGGAAACCUUUGCUUUUUGGUGGCACUUUUGGUUGGAAUUGGGGAGAGAUAAGAGCAGCAGAAGAAUCUUUAGAAGCAAUUAUUUUUGAUGUGUUUUAUCCAAAUAUGAUGGGAAACUGCGCACUGAAAAUUCGGACCCACUGAUGCAUCGGCUGACAAAUCCUGGAAAGUGUGUUUUCUCAUUCAGUAACGUAUUUCUUGGUUUUUAGUGGACGUUUUUUUCUGCUUUUGGUUUCAUAACUAAAAUUUGGUUUAACUAGAAUAGUAUUCAACAUUUAACCAAACCUGAUCAGGUCAAAAUUGAUUGUCGGUUAUAUUAUAUAGUGUAAUAACAUUCCAUGUUUCUCUGUUAUGUUGCUUCCUGUUUUAUUUUGUGAGCCUCCUGUUUCAUGUGCGUUGCCUUUAUUUUUACUUCCUCAUCCAUUGUUCUGAGUUUAAGCUGUUCCUCGUGUUUCCAAUCUCCCUGUUUACCUCCUGUGUCCAUGUGUGUAUGCCUUAGUUUCUCUUUGCCAUUGUGUUGGUUAGUUGCUUUAUGUGUUUCUGUGGCUUUUGCUUUGUUUUUGGACUUUGCCAUGCUAACUAAUAAAAGGUCAGUUUUUGAGGUUUAUCUUAAGCCUUCCUUUGAGUCCUUUAUCUCCCUCAGCCCAUGAUAAACCUAUUUUUUUCAGUUUUUCUGUAGGGUAAGCACAUUCAAACCUUUUACAAACAUCAAAAAUGUAAAUGCAUUAUUUUUUUGACAGAUUCAUUAUGUAUUGAAAUACUGAGAUGCCCAUGACACUGUGACAAAUGGCAUUUGUGUGAUACUAUAAUUCAUUGGAAGAAAAAAAAAAGGAUAUUCUAACUUGACAAUUACACAGUUUGAA